UUGUCCUCGCCGGCCACCGUAUGAUGUCGUGGCGUUGGCUGAUGUGUUCUGACUUGCUACAGUUACGACAGCUAAUCUAUAGCUUCUUGUAUCCGAGUUUAAUUUCUUAGACAUUACACACAUACACUACCGGGCAGUGUUACUUUCAGUUAGUCAAAAUGAGGCGCGCCGGUUUGGGUGAAGGAGGCUCUGGGAAUUAUGUAGCAAGUGGAUACAGUGUGUAUGAGGAGGAAAAUGAACACCUGCAGGAGGGACUGAGAGCCAAAGUCAACGCUUUGAAAAGUCUGUCUAUCGACAUAGGAACAGAAGUCAAAUACCAGAAUAAGAUGCUGGAUGAUAUGGACUCAGACUUUGACUCAACAGGCGGCCUGCUUGGCGCCACCAUCGGCAGAGUGAAACAGCUGUCAAGAGGCAGUCAGACCAAACUGCUGUGCUACAUGCUGCUCUUCUGCUUUUUUGUGUUCUUUGUCCUGUACUGGUUCAUCAAGCUGAGGUGAUAGCGGGACCCUGUUGGGCUCGGCCCUUGUGCUCCACAUCUUCCUCCCCAGAAUGUCUGAUGAAUCUCUAAACUAAACCAGUAUUAUGAUGACGGUGAGGAAGAAAAGGCCUUUUAUUAAUUAAUACAAGUGCCCAAUUCUCUGUCAGCAAUUUCACAGCAUGACCCCCAAAUUGAGUCAUGUUAGGGACUCCUACUUUGGUGUUGUCCCCCGCCUAAAAAAAAACAAAAACUGGUUUAGAACAGCGCAGAAGGAUGAACCUGAGAAGUAGGAAUCAUGUAUACUGUACUGUAUACCUAAAGUAUAUACUGCUGAUGUUCUAAAUUUCAGCCCAAUUUACCUGGAUGAAGUUGUUAAGACUCAACAAUGUACAAGUAACAGCAGAAGAGGAUUAAUGAUACUGUGUCAAGAUCUUUAAUACACUAGUAAACACACUGAGUAAUGAUAAGGUAUGACAAAUCUGUGGAUUAGUGUAUCAUACAGGCCAAAUUGUGUUCAAAGUGAGUAAGUUAUAGAACGCUAUAUGAAACACAUAAUGUAGUGUAUUUGCUCUCAAGAAUGAAUGGAUAUAUUACAAAAUUUGGCAUUCAUACAAAAAAUAAUAGCAGUGUACUUCAAUAUUGUUUCAACUUUGUUGUAAAAUGUUUUUUAAUGUAAAUAAACAAAUUUUAUGCUCGAA